CAUAAGUACCUGAAGCUGCCUUUAGCCCGCCAACAGCUCGGACCCUGUGAGAGUCCCAAGACUGUCAGUUUAAUUGAUCGCCUGCUCAUAAUUAGCUCUAAACUAGCAAAUACGACAACGACUAGUCUUCAAGUCUUCGUUCCGGGGAACCCGCUCGUCGUUUUCGGGCUAUACGCGCUAUCCUGGCUGCUUACAUUCCACGAGCAUUUACUUAGCCAAACUAUAUUCACCAGGAACGUGCAACACUGUGACAUCUGAAGUCAAGCAAAGUAAUCUGACUGCGACGGGAGGUGCAGCGACGCUAGGGCGUAGCCAUGGAGGACGCGUUGGCUCGUAAGGAGCGUCUGAAAGCUCUGCGGGCUGCUGCACAAGCAGCGGAGACAGAUGGCGGGGCAGAACCGGCGGCCGAGGAGCCUGAAAAGCCAGUGCUGAAGUUCCGGAACUACGCUGUUCAGGACACUAAGCGGAUAGACUACGAGCAGGUCGAGGCCGCCCAGCCGCCCAAGUUUGAGGCACCCAAAGUGGACACCAAGCCCGAGGACCUGCCGCAGGAGGAGCUGCUAGUGAACAUCGCGCCCAAGAAGGCCAACUGGGACCUCAAGCGUGACGUGCAGCCUAAGCUGGACAAGCUGGAGCGCCGCACGCAGCGAGCCAUGCUGGACAUGAUGCGCGAGGAGGAGCGCCGGAGGCUGGAGGAGGACGGCGGCGUGCAGGACUAGAGCGGCUGAUGGGGAGGACGAAGGGCAGGGGAGGAUUCCGCGGUGGAAGGGCGGAACGGGAGAGUGAGGGUGGAGAUGGUGGGGGUGGUUGGCGUGAGAUGGACAAUAAGGGGUAACUGCUGCUAGGACUAGGAUUCAGGUUGCUACGAAGGCUACGCGCUGCGGGCGGCUGCGGGACUGUGGGAGUUGCGGUUGGAAGGCAAAGCCUGAUGUGCGGCGACAAGGUGGCAACCCGCCGCAAGAUGCGCCGGGUGGGGCAGGUGCAGGCGACCGGGCGCCCGAGGUGGUGGCCGCGCGUAGUGGCUGGCAGGGCGUGCGAACUGCUGGGUGGCGUGCCGCUCGUGCAAGGAUGAGGUCUGCGUGAACGCAUACUCAUGCCUAUCAGCGUGCAAUUCUGGGCAUUGAGUCUUGGCCACCUGGUGGCGUGGUUGGAUGCGGGAGUUCCGGGUGUUUUCGCCGGCUGGUGUCUAGGUAGUGGUCCGCGGUGGGGCUGGCAGGGCAUGCGUAGCGGCAUGACUAGAGUGCGGCUGUUGACAACCGUGCUGCGUCUGGCUGCGGUUGGCCCUGCUGUGGCAUCGCGACUGCUAGAUAGGCACCUGGUUUGGCUAUGUGCCUGUGGAAAACGACCCCGGCUAUGUCCGGGCGAUGAGGUUGUUCGGCCUCAGACUGAGGAGGGGCUCAGCCCCUUGUCCCGUGACCGGGGAACACUUGUCCCUUGAG